CUGCAAAAAAUUCAAGAUCAAGAAAAUUUCAGCUCAAUCAAAAAAAUAUAUAUAUAAAUAAAUAGGUACCAUAAAUAAAAAUGACGGGCUCGGCCUCACCAUGCGGCGCCUGCAAGUUCCUGAGGAGAAAAUGCGUGAGGGGCUGCGUUUUCGCGCCUUAUUUCUGCCACGAACAAGGGGCGGCCCAUUUUGCGGCCAUUCACAAGGUCUUUGGGGCCAGCAACGUGUCCAAACUUCUGGCCCAUCUCCCGUCCGGAGAUCGGGCCGAGGCCGCUGUCACAAUUUCGUACGAGGCCCAGGCCCGUUUGCAAGACCCCAUCUAUGGCUGUGUCUCUCAUAUUUUUGCCCUCCAACAGCAGGUGGUAAAUUUGCAAGCCCAACUGGCAUCACUCAAGGAGCAAGCAUCUCCAAGCAUCAACACUAAUGCAAACCCUAAUAAUGACACAAAAUUUUACGGCGAAAAUCAAAAUUUUCCCGAUCACGGUUACGUACAAAACUGGCUACAAAAUCAGGGGAUGACUUUGCCUCAAUUCGGUUCAAACUACUUUGAAAACAAUGUCGGGCCAAAUGGGCCUUACUACUCAGAUAGGCCCAAUAUGGACUGCGAUCCGAAUCCGAAUCCUUUCCUUAAGUACGAAAGCAGCUCGUGUUUCCCGGAGGAUAAUGCCUCGUUUGGAAGCAUGGAUUCUCUCGAGAUGCAAUAUUCGAACGAGCACCAAAGUCGACAAUGGCCGUUUCGAGACGACUCGGAUGAUCUUCAGUCGGUGGCCUUUGGUUACAUCAAUCACUAUUCUUGAUGCGAAAAAAUUCGAAUAAAUCGAUCGAGUUAAUUAGUAGAUAAUGAUCAAUUUCCGGUGAAAAGAAAAAAUUGGGUUUUGUAUCAAUUUUUGAAUUAUGAAUUCAUAACAAGGCAGAGAGAAAGAGGUGGAGAGUUGAAAGUUGAAACCCUAGGUAUGNUUUUUUAUUAUAUAUAUA